CCUGUCCCGGGCCAUUCUCUCCCCAGCGCCGGCACUGGCCGCACAGGCUGCUACAUCGUUCUGGACGUGAUGCUGGACAUGGCCGAGUGUGAGGGUGUCGUGGACAUUUACAACUGCGUGAAGACCCUCUGCUCCCGGCGCGUCAACAUGAUCCAGACUGAGGAGCAGUAUAUCUUCAUCCACGAUGCAAUCCUGGAGGCCUGCCUGUGUGGGGAGACCACCAUCCCUGUCAGUGAAUUCAAGGCCACCUACAAGGAGAUGAUCCGUAUUGACCCUCAGAGUAAUUCCUCCCAGCUGCGGGAAGAGUUCCAGGUGGGGCAGGAGUGCGUAUGUAUAG